ACAAAGACGAAGGAAAAGCGGAUCAAGAUAAUAUGAGAGAGCUAAAUGAAGAUCAACAACAUAGUAGUAAUAAUGUCUCUCGAUGGAAACGACUUCGCUGUUCUUCAUUUUUAGCACGAUCUCCUCCUUCAUCAAAUACUACUACUCAUGGUUUAUCUUCUUUCUGUAGUCAAGCUGCUAACAAAAUCAUGCCAUCUUGGCAUCGUAACCAUCGUCCAUCUGCCAUGACAAUACCAUGCUCACCACAAUCCUCUAUUUCAACUCCAGCUAGUAACCUUACUACUGCAUCAAGGUCAAUUCGACAACGUAAAGGAGGGGAGGGAGGCUUAAAGAAAUGUAAAUCAAGUCUUUGUAUUGUUUCUGAAAACAACCCUGAAUUAAGUCUAUCCAGUCAUAUUAGUAUAGCCGAUACAACAACAACAACAACUUCAUCUAUAUCUCAUGAACUGAAGAGUACUAUUAAAAUCAAAGUUAUAUAUGAUGCACAUAAUAUUAUUGUCAUACAGGUUCCUCGGACAAUUGCCUUACAUGAUUUACGUUCUCGUAUCGCACAAAAAUUUUCCGAUCCAAGUAUAGGAAGUCCUAUUAAAGUCCAUCAUGAAGACCUUGUAUUAUUAUUCAAUGAAAAUGGUAGUUAUAGCAGCAGCAGUACUUCAUCUUCAACACAUAAUUCUGAUAUCGUUACGCUACCUGCUAUUUUGAUUAAUAAGGAAAAAGAUUUGAUAAAUAUGAUGCAAACAAAAUGGAAUAGAAUGAAUAAAGUUACUUUGCGUUGUAUCAUAUAACCGGCCUUCCAUUAUAAUUACUUACUUACUUACGC